AUGUAUAAAAAGUUAUGCCAAUAAAACAAAGACAAGUGUAGACAAAAUCUCUCAGCUCCCUUUGGUAAUCUCUAAUGAUCGAUUCUGACUUUUUUCAAUGCCUCUCUCCUACCUUUCAGUUUUUAAUUAAUAUUUUCUAUGAGAGAUUUUUGCAUGUACCCACCAAUGCGGAUGGACGCAUAACGGAACUAAAGAGACCUUAAUGCUAACCACACAUGGAUUCAUUUUACCAUAGUCAAUAGAAAGUUGGGACUAAAACGUUAGUGAAGACAUCCACGUGAGGUCAGCAUUAAAAUCUUUCCUAAUAAUUUAAAGAUUGUAUAUACAGUAUACGUAGCGGCCGAGAAUGUGUCACAAACGAGCAAGAAAAACGUGAACUGCAUAAGACAAGAUGGUCUUAUCGGUGGCAGUAUUAUAUAGAAAACACGUUUAAAUUUUAAUACUGCCACUAAAAGCGACAAGAGUUGACCCCUUUUGCAAUUUUAACCAAAAUAUCAGUCACACAAAUAUUCAUAUAUACUUUAAGACGUUGAUCAUAUCGUGACUUUUGAGUUUCGACCAAUAUUAUGGAUCAUGAGAACGUAUGUAAUAUCAUAUAAAUAUUUCAGUAAUGUACCUUUUAUAAAAUUAAUUCAUGACCCAAUAGUAUAAACAUAUGAUGGCCUUUGGCUUGUUGAUAGGUGUGAUCCAACAACUAGUUGAUAGGUGGACCUUUUUAUCUGUUUUUAUAAGUUGGAUCACACCUAUCAAUAAUUAAACAUUGGGGACGUUUGUCCUCAUAUAUGCUCAAUGAACUAGUUUGGAAAACAUACGAGAGUUCUUCUUAUUGAUCUUUAAAUGUCUCGCAUAUUUAAGUUAUCUAAAACUGAACCUAAGGGAAAAUGUAACAUUCAAAAUAACUUGAUAAUGUAAGCUUUGUUAAGUUGAUGAGUGGCCUGAGGACUAAUCAAUCCUCUCAUGUCGGUUCGAAUAUACAUAUUUAGGAAUUUCGAACUCCGACGAGACGGUUUCUUUUCCCCACAUAGAUAAAGGCUAGGUUGUCGAUGUAGAAUGGUUUAUUUCAUCAAAUUCCAUGAAAAAUAUAAAUUUUUGUUGAUUUUUAAUGGUCAUUCUAUUUCUUAAAACUAUCACUGAUAUGGACACAUAUAUGGCAGAGCCUACCGUGGCUAAAGCUGGUAAAGCUAAAACUUUAGGCACCAGAAAAUAUUACAUAUUCUUAGAGCAUCUCCAUUGGGGGGUUCUACCCAUUGGAGUUCUAAACAUUUAUAUGUGUGUAUGUAUAUAUUAUAUAAGUGUAUGUAAAUAUGGGAACCAUUUUUUGGAGAAGAACCUCAUGCAAAAGUUCUAAAAAUCAGAUUUUUAAAACCUUUGCAUGAGGUUCUUCCCCAAAAAAUGGUCCCCACAUUUACAUACACUUAUAUAAUAUAUACAUAUACACAUAUAAGUGUUUAGAACUCCAAUGGAUAGAAUCCUCCAAUGAAAAUGCCCUUAGGGAAUCAGUGACGCAAUGUUUAUUUGGUGCUAAAAGUGCUCUUAAAAGCUUUAUUUUGCUUUAGGUGCCAUCACACAUUGGUCCGAGCCAUUGGCAUGGUCGUGGUUUCUUUUUGGAAAGACAAGACUGUUUCCCCAAAUGAAUGGUAGUGAUGCGUCCGGUUGAAUUCACGUUGUUUCUUUUAUCAAAAAAUUGUAGACGUGUGCUAUAUAACUUAACUAGAUGAUACUCCGCAAUGAACGGUAAUAUGAAAAGAAACAUAUUAAGGAAAAGUAUGGAAUAGGGUGUACAUAUAUAAUUUUUGUUGAAAUUUAUCAAAUAAAGUUAAUAUGAUCAAUUUAAAUAUUAAAUAAUUACUUUACAUGAUUCGUGGUUCAGGUGGAUAUAAUGUUUUAAAUCGAUUUUUGUGUGCAUUACGUGAAAACCGGAAUCCAAAUAAUUGCAAACCAACUUUGCGAUUUGAAUAGUGCUUUGACGUCUAUGCUAACGAUGUAUUAUCGGUACAGCUUUGACACUAAAAACAUAUAUAUUAAAGUUGGUGAUGUAGCGGAAGCUUUUAGAAACAAAACUAGAAUUUGAGAAUACUUUUUCAUUGCUUAAUCAAAAGCUCUUUAGAGUUUUAGAAUACUUUUCUCAAUAGUUUAUUGAAACAUUUUUUUAAAAACUCGUUUUAUUAAUAAUCAAUCAACUGAUAUAGCAAAAACUUUUAGGGAUAGAAUUAAAUCCGUUGAUUCUAAGAGUAUUUGGAAACUAGGGUUUGAGAAUACUCUUCUCAAUGCUUAAUGAAAAGUUUUUUAAGAUUUGAGAAUACAUUUUUUAGUGGUUUUUAUACAAAUAUCUUUAUGAAAACUUCUUUUAUUAAUCAAAUUAAAAUUUGUCUACAACUCUAGGCAUACGAAGCUAUUUAUAUGAAAAUCAGAUAACCUUACAACUAUUUAAAAAUCCUUAAGAUAAUUUUAACUAAUUAAGAUAAAUACCAAAAUAAAUUAUAAACUAUAUAAUUAAUAUAUUUGGAAUAUAUUUAAAUAUAUUUCUGCAUCAGAUGGCACAAAUAUGUUACUUGAAACGGUCCAAUUAAUUUACCUAGCAAGUUAUCUGUAUUAUUAAAGAGAAGUACCAAUUAAAAAAUACCCCUAAGUUUUCUAACUUAUUUAUACUUCGAUGCCACUGAGAAUUAAAUUAAACUAUAUAUUUUAAUGCUUGUCUUUUCCAGUUAAAUUAAUGAGUUUUCCUUAAUCAAAUUUAAAUUUAAUGUCAUUAAAUGAACCUACCUAUUUUAAUGCUUGUCUUUUUCAGUUAAAUUAAUGAUUUUUCCUUAAUCAAAUUUAAACUUAAUGUCAUUAAAUGAACUUAAAAAUAUAUCAUAUUUAAUGUAACUUAUUACGGACGAGUACGGCUCAAUAAUGAACUAAAAUUUUAUUUUUACGAAAAUGUGAAUCACUUGACGUAUAUAAUAUUUAAAAUAUAUUAACUACAAUAUAAAAAAAUGCAUAUAACCUACCUAUAGUUUAGUUUGAAAUGAUCAUGCUCAAAUUUUAUAUAGUCAACUUACAUCAUGCACCGAUCGAUGUACAAUAUUCAAACCACCUAUUGAUUUUCUAAGCUUUAUAAAAAACAAAUCAAUAAAUACAAACUCAAAAUCUAAUAUCAUCUAUUAAUCAAACAUAAUAUCUUUAGUGUCUAUCUUUAAUGUAUUUAUUAAAUAUAGAAAUUGUAACCAUAAUUACACUUAUUAUAAGAAUAGAUUUGAUUUCAAUCAAUUGAUUUAUUAAUUCGGUAAUUGAUUUGCUUGCAGAAGAGGAAACAAUAAAUUUAAAAUUUGUAAGAAUAUAAAGAUAUAGAGAUUCCAACCAAUUGUCUAUAUUUGCGUAUGAUUUUCGCAUAAUAAGCUUCAAAUUGAACAUUGAAAAAGAUAGAGAUAUUUUUUAUCUUUUACCGACACAGAGCUUAAACAAAACAAAGAGUUAAAGACAAUUUGUUUGUUACACUUCCCGGAAAAAAACGGUUAUAACAUGGAUUUUCAUAAUAUGGUCUUUUAACAUAUCAUUUAAUAAUUAUCUUGACAUAAAACAAAGAGUAUAAAUAAUUUAAUAUUAAUAAAAUUAUGAAAUUAUUUACAAUUUGAUGACUAAUUCAUCGCCCUUUUUAUAUGUUAAAUUUUUCAUAGAAAUUUUAAAAUCAUUGUAUUUUCUUUAAACAUGUAUAACUAAUUUAUAAUCUUUUAUGCCAUACUAAGUCAUAAUAUAAUAUUUUUUUCAUAUUUUACAUUAAUAAUCAUUAUUUUUGUAUAUCGUCUACAAUUCUCUAAUUAUGUCUAUUUGUUCAAUUUUUUAUAUGAUAUUGAAUAUUCGUCACAAAUAGAUGAUUUAAGACGCCAAAAAAAAUAUUUACUUGGUGAAUAUAAUACAUCAAAUAUUUCAAAUAUAUCAUUUAGUUAAAUAAAUAACCGAAAAACAAAAAUUUAUACACCACCAGGUCAGGAUCUAGUUGUAUUUAUUACAUUGUCUGUAAGGUGAGUUGUCGUGAUGACACGUCCCCAUAAAAAACAAUGUUACAACUUAAAUAAUGAUCUUCGAUUGAUUAAUAUAUAGAUGAUAUAUGUCUAACCGCAUUGAAUAUGAAAGAUAUUGUUUUACUAAUUGUAAAUGAUUUAAUUGAAAUGAACAACUAUAUAUACAAGUAUCUUCUAUAAUAUUCUUCAUCUACAAAAUAUAAAACAGUAGCAUUUAACUAUAUAUAAGUCAUUUUAAGCCAAAAAAAAACUAUAUAUGUCACUAUUCGACGUCUACGAUAAUAUACUCUCUCAUCCACGGUAGUGGUACAAAGUAGUCACCUACUCACCUGCUAGCUAAAAAGGUCGACGUCAAUUUAAUCCUGGUUCUGAACUGUCACGUUGAUGUGUUUACUUAUCCCCAUAUAAUCUUGAAUUUUGUUUUCAUAAAUUAUUAUGUUAUCAGUAAAUAAACACUCUUUAACCUUUUGGUCAUCAACUUAAAUUUCGAAAUAAAAAUAUAUACUACAAACCUCAAUUUUUUCAACCCCUUUUUUUUCUUUUUAGUUUUGUAACUUUUCUGUUUCUUUUGUAAAUAAGGGUACAAGUAACUGUUUCUUAGUAGUAUUUUUUUUUACCUAGAGUUGUUUCUUAGUAUUAUAUUUCAUUAUUUCAUUAUAUUUCAUUUGACUUUAUACAAUGUAGAAGAAUGAAUAGAAAUAUAAAGACUAUUGGAUAUAUAAUGCCUAUUUAUCAUUUAUUUCCAUAUAUUUUGUAUUUGUUUAUUUCUCACCAUUUAUAAGAUCUGAAUUUCACUUUGUUUUCUAUUCAAAACCUAAGUUUGGAAUAAAAUUCUAUUCAAUUUUUCAUUUUAUAAUAUAAAAUAAAAAUUAUUUACUCUAAAAAUAGAGUAAAUAAUUGUUUUUAUUCCUCACUCUGCAAAACGAAGUAUGGUUAAAGUAAAACUCAACUUCAAAAUAGAAUUAUUCAGUUUUGAAAUUAAAGAAAAAAAUGGAGUAAUGGUCGAAUCUAGUGAAUUUUGUAAUUCUUUUACGUAAAACAAGACAUAAAAAUAUAGCAACUGUCGUUGAGUAAGAGAUUGAUAUAAAUUUUACCAAUUAGCCUUUACACAGAGUUGUUCUGCAUGUUACUUACAUCGUACCCAUGUUCCUGUUUCUUAUAAAUACAAACUCUUUUCUCUCUUUCUCCUUCGCACUUGCAAAACCAAGUUUUCAUUCUUUCUCGUAAUUCUUCUUGCAUGGCAAUAACCCUUUUGUCUCACGAGGUAUCGGACCUCUGUAUCGGCAAACCGCCACUACGUUGUCUCUCAGCUGUCACAGCCACCGUCGCUGACGCCAUCGCUGCUCUCAAAUCCUCCGACGAUCCUUUCCUCAGCGUCUGGAGCUGUAAUCACGACGAAACCAAUGAUGAUGACGACAACAAGAAGUGCGACUGCGAGUGUUUGGGUAAGAUCUGCAUGGCGGAUGUGAUCUGUUACCUGUCUAAAUUCGACAACAAGGUUUUGUCUCUUUCCUCCGCUUUCAAUGCAUCUGUCUCUGUUCUUCUCCCUAAAUGUCGUUCCAUCGUCGUCCAUGUCCAAUCUUCAUGCAAGUUAGCUAAAGCCAUUGAUCUGAUAACCGGAGGAGCACAAAAUCUGAUUGUUCCAAUUCAGACAAAGAGAGGACAGCACAAGGUUCCGACCCGAAACGCUGUCGUUUCGCUCACCACCACAACAACAACACACAAGAACAGCCGCCAGUUCUGCUGGAUCACCCAAGAAGACAUCAUUACAUUCUUUCUUGGUUCCAUCAGCGUCUUCUCUCCUUUAACGUCGAUGUCUAUCUCCGAACUCGGCGUGAUAAACAGUACACGCGCUUUCCUCGCCGUGGAUUACUACUCCUCAGCCGCCUCUGCCAUCACCGCCAUUUCUCUCGCCAUUGCCAAUAAUAUAUCCGUCUUGGUUGUUGAUGGUGGAUGCGAUGUACUAGAAUAUCCACGUAUAGCUCUAAUCGGCGAGAUUCUGCCGAUGACACUCGCGUGCUGCGAUGAAACCGCCGCGGCAGCGGUUGCUACACUCUCCGCCGGCGAACUGAUGACGUACAUUGAGGGUAGUGGUCCGCUGGAGAGUCACGUAAGGGUCGUCAGGAAUCGUCUUGAAGAGAAAGGGAUGGUGGGUUUGAUCUCACUCGUCGAUUCCUUGUCGGGGUCUUCUUCGUCGGAUGAAGAAUCUCCCACGGGGAGAACGAAGUCAUAUGGUCGGUCAGUGAGUAGAGCGGCGAGGAUGGCUAGGAAGUCGGUGGCCAUAGUGUGUAAUCGGGAAAGCUCGUUAAUGGCGGUGAUGAUACAAGCGAUUGCUCACAGGGUAAGCUAUGUGUGGGUGGUUGAUGAAGAUGGUUGUUUUAUUGGUAUGGUUACUUUUGUUGAUAUUUUGAAACUUUUCAGAGUAUUUUUGGAUGAUUAAAACUAAUCACCAUCAUCAUCAGUUUUACUACUUUUUUUUGUUAGGUUUUGCAUAAACAAAUCCAUAACAAAACGUUGUAUGAUUUUUUUUUUGUGUGAAAGAUAUGUCAAAAGUUCUUGAAGAAUAUUUCGGUUUGUGUGUUCUUAAAUCUGGUUUUCAGAUCUCCGUGACAGUCCUAAAUCUUGAUUUUCAGUUCAUAGUCUCUCUUACCACAUGGACCAUCGUUUGAUUAUAGAAUUAGAGAACAAAAUAAAUAUAGCUAACCAAGUGAUCUUUAACAUGAUCAUAUUUGUUUUGAAUCAGUAAUAAUGUUUGUAGACCACGUGCAUCAGCUGCAAUUUGUGUCUCACGCUAAUCCUAAACCUAAAGAAUGCAAAAGUUGAUGAGUCUCUGUCUAAAAGCUUUGUGAGAGUGACAUUAUUGAAUCUAAAUGAAAAAAAUAGAAACAGAAAAAGCCAUCAAGUAUGCGUGAAUCGUGAUGUUGAUUUUUAGUAAAUGAAAGAUUGAUUCUCUUUAGUUAAUUAGUACACACUUGACUUUACAUUUGUUUUUUUAUGAACACACACUUAACUAUUAAGAUCCAGCUACAUAUGUCCAAAAUUUUGGUAUUUGAUUUGUACGGCUUGGUGCUAAGUGAUACAUGUUUGGUCAAAUGCCACAUGAUAUUAAAAUCAUCCAUUGCGUUUGGUACUAUGUUUUAAUAUGUGAUCUCGUGCGUUUUUGUCUCGUUUAGUCGUUUUGAUUGUGAAAGUUGACGGUUUAAAAAAAGUUGAAAGUUGGUUGAGUAAUGAAACACUACUAUUAGGCGGAAAACAUAUUUUUAAGAUUUGGUGAAAAAUGCAAUUUUACGAUUUCGGUGGAUAAAACACAAUUUUGUGGGUUUUAAAGGAAACCAUUUUUAUUUUGACGAGAAAAUGAGAUUUUCUGUUCUCGUUGUAAAAAUGUUUUUUUUUUCCGAUUGAGAAUAGCAUAUAAUAAUUAUAACAACUAAUUUGAUUAAUUUUAUAUUUUUAUUAAAGGUAUGUAAGUUCUUUUUAGAUUUUGAAAUUUAAAUAUUGCAUUUAAACUCUAAAUUUCUUUUGCAUUUCAUAUAUCUAAAUAUUAUAGAUGUCGUAUCUAGAUGCUAAUGCAAUAGUGUUCAAACUAGCAACAUUUUAAUACUAGUAUCCAAAUGUAGCUUUUGGAUACGUAAACGAAAAUGGACUUAAUCUAUACAUGCACACGUAUGGAUUCAAAUUUGUACUUGUUAAAGUUGUGACUGCGAAGUAAGCCUUAUGUGGAUCCCUCCUCAAAUCCAUUCGGCUUUUGCUUUUUUACUUUCCUUUUUCUGUCAGCGGCUUUUUAAUUUCUAUUUUUAAUGGAUUUGCUACGUUCCCCCAAUAUAACUACAAAAAUCAUAAUUGUAUAACGAAUUAGCAGAUUAAAUAAAAUAAAGGGAAAUUUCAAGACCUCAUAUUUCAAUGCAGUUGAUGCCUUUAGGUAGCUUCAGUGUUUUGAAACCGAUAUGGACCCGCGGUUGAACCGGAAAAUCUAGUGUUCCAUAAAAAAAUCAAUUUGAAUUUUGUGAAAAGCCCAAUAUUUAGAAACCCGCAAAAACCACUAAAAUCCAGAAUCCGAGACCGAUUGAACCAAUAAAUAACUUUUACUUUUUGUUUUAGUUUUAGUUUUUAUUUAGAUUAUGUUUUAUAUUAUAUUCCAAUUAAAAAGUUAGGUGCUGACAAAAAAAAAAGGUUAGGUUUUCCUUUCAUCCUAAAAAUUCAAAAUUUAAGAUUUCAAAAUUAUAAUUUUAUUAAAAUUACUUUUUGGUCAAUAACAAUUUGAAAUCUUUCUAAGUUAUGGGUGCUUGGAGAAUGAAACACAUACUCUCUCCAAAAAUCUAAAGUACCAAAUAGACUUCUAGAGAAAUUUUCUAGUCAACGCAUAUGUUAAUUUUGUAAUGACUAAUUGUAAGUUUUUCAUAGAAGAUUUCUAAAGACGUUUGCUAACUUUUCUUUGAGAGAAAACUUUCCGAAAAUUUUUCAUAGAAAUGAGGUUAGUUUUACAAUUGAUCAAAACUGUGCAGAAAUUCAACUUUCUUAUAGAAAAUUUCUGGAUAAGUCUAUUGUGAAUAGGCUUCUAGAGAAGUCUACUUCGCCCAAAAGUCUACUUUCAGAAAAUUUGAGUAAACUGGUGGAGAUAUCGUUUUAUUGUUACGGUAAGUCUUUGAAAUGUCGCAAGGAGUUUACUAAAGUCAAUAUUGCAAUUUUCAAUGAGAUUAUAGAGGGUUAGAGAGUUAUGAAGAGAAAUACAUAUUACAUUUAUUUUGUAGCCAUCCAGAAAAAAUAAACAAUGUGUAAAUUUUUCAAAUUUUCAAUUAGGUUAAAAAAUUGGUGUAGAAAACUUCUAACAAAAUCUGCUACUGUAUUACAAUUUAAUAGAAUUCUCCACAAAUCUACUAAUGUAUUAUUUACAUUUAGUAUACUUCUGAAGAAUCCUCACAAUCCUAAAGUUAUAAUACGUUUAAAAAAAAGAUAGUAUUUUAGUGCAUAACUUCUUAGCAGAUUUCUUAAGAAAUCUCUUACCCUAAAAAAUAAUAUUAAAUAAUUUAAUUAGAUAACAAAAACACUGCAAUAAACAUCAAAUAAACAUCUAAAGUGUUUAAUAUAUG